AUGACCGCCGAGCGCCGGCUGCCGCCGGGCCCCCCGCCGCCGCCACCGCCGCUGAAGGCGGACGCGGCGCCGCCGGGGGAGGAGGCGGCGGCGGCGGUGGCGGUGGGGGCGCGGGGCGGGCGGCGGCGGCGCAAGCGUCCGGCGGAGCGCGGCAAGCCGCCCUACAGCUACAUCGCCCUCAUCGCCAUGGCCAUCGGGCAGGCGCCCGAGCGGCGGCUGACGCUGGGCGGCAUCUACCGCUUCAUCACCGAGCGCUUCCCCUUCUACCGCGACAGCCCCCGCAAAUGGCAGAACAGCAUCCGCCACAACCUCACCCUCAACGACUGCUUCGUCAAGGUGCCGCGGGAGCCCGGCCGCCCCGGAAAGGGCAAUUACUGGACACUGGACCCCCACGCCCGCGACAUGUUCGAGAGCGGCUCCUUCCUCCGCCGUAGGAAGCGCUUCAAGCGCAGCGAUCUCUCUACCUACCCGGCCUUUCUCGCUGAGCGCCCCGCCGCUCCCUGCCGCCUCUUCCCGAUGUCCGCGCCGCCGCCAGCCGCCGACCUGUCCCCAGCCCCCGCCGCCGCCUCCUGCGCCUUCGCCGCCGCCGCCGCCUUCCCCGCGCAGGGCUGCGCCGCCGCCGCCCUGCCCCACGCCUACACCCCGCUGCCCACCGCCCCCGGGCCCUACGCGCCGGGCAGCCCCGCGCAGCUGUACGCACCGUCGGGGCGCAUCGUACUGCCCGCCUCCCCGCCCGCCCCCGCCGGGCUCUACGGCCGCUGCUCCCCCGCGCCCUACCCGCCGCUGCCCCACGCCUACGGCACUGGAGGGCAGCUGGGCGCCGCCGAGCCGGGACCGCGGCACGGCGCCUACCCCGGCGGCACCGACAGGUUCGUCCCGGUGCUCUGACCCAGCCCGGGGGAGACCGGGCGGCCCGACGGCGCGGACCGGAGCCCGGGAGAGGGCGGGCUGCGGGGCUCGCCCGACGCCUCUGGACCUGGGGCCGCCCAGGAAGAUGCUGGAGGACCUUGGGCUGCACCUCCACAUCCUGACACCUGCCCGGGCCUCUCGACGAGGAGCACCGUUGCCAGCCGUGGCCCUGCUUAGCCCUGUCCACUCUCGCCAGAGAAGCCCUAGAGGCUCCCAAGUGCCUGGAUAAGGCAAACAGCCCUUUACUCUUCUGCUGCCUUUCCUGGGACAGGUGCUCAAAGCUUCCUGGCAGGCUCCCCACCUCCCAGCACACCCGACUUGGCCCCCUGGACUAUCCAGGAAGAUCUCAUUUUUAAAAAUCUCUCCGCUAUUGAUUUUUAUUUACAGAACAAAACAUCUGCUGGGGCAGGGGAGGAGGGAGGCAGGAGGAAGCAUUCCCCAACCUUGUGCAGCCAAAGCUGUAAAAGCAGGA